GUCCCUCCUCUCCGGUCAUCUUUCCCUGCUGGCGUUUGCUUCCGAGGUCGUCCUUGAAGCGAGCCAAGGCAGCGCAAUGCAUUUUCGGCCAGGACCAGCUUGCAGUCCACUUGAGGUGGUGACUCCUGGCAACAGCUGUGUGAUGGGAAAUCUUGAUGUGUUCCUGCUCUGCUAGGAAUAUCUUAAAGCAUCUCUCUGGCUGACUGCUUGCGUCCUUAUGAGAAUACUGGACUCCACUCCUCACAAGCCCACAAUGGCAGUGGAUGUAGCGAUGCAGUUGUACCUGCGCUCACCCUCUUUCCGAAGGGAUGGUUUUGCUUACAAAAUUGCUCCGAAGCCCAAGAAACCUUUGCGGCCAUGUAUCCAUUUGAGCACCAUGAAAGAAUUAAAUGAUCUGGGAGCAGAAGUAAAAAAUCUACAGAGUGCCAGAGUGAAAAAGCGGGUGACCUUCGCAGACAACAGGGGCUUGGCUUUAACAAUGGUGAAGGUGUUCUCCGAGUUUGAUGACCCGUUGGAUAUUCCGUUAAACAUCACGGAACUAAUAGACAACAUUGUGGGCCUGACGACGGCAGACAGAGACGAUUUUGUCUUAGAUUUUGUGCAGCCUUCUGCUGAUUAUUUGGACUUCCGAAAUCGACUCCAGGCAGACUAUGUCUGCCUCGAGAACUGUGUGUUGAAAGAUAAAGCCAUUUCAGGCACUGUGAAAGUCAGGAACAUUACAUUUGAGAAGACCGUGAAGAUCCGGAUGACAUUCGAUACCUGGAAAACCUUCACGGACUAUCCAUGCCAGUAUGUCAAAGACACAUAUGCAGGUUCAGAUAAGGACACCUUCUCUUUUGAGAUCAACUUGCCAGAGAGAGUUCCACCCCACGAAAGGAUGGAGUUUGCGGUGCAUUACGAAAGCGAUGGAAAAGUGUAUUGGGAUAGCAACAAAGGUCUGAAUUACAGAAUCAUUCGAGCCGAACUCAAAUCUGCUCGAGAGAUUUCCCACCCUCAGGGGGAAUCUGGUUUUGGGAUUGCCUUUGACCAGUUUGGAAGCCCCAGGUGUUCCUAUGGGUUAUUUCCCGAAUGGCCAAGUUAUUCGGGGUAUGAAAAACGUGGGCCUUAUUACUGAAUGAAAUACGGGGUAUGUGUAUUUAACAUACAAGAUUUUUUUACAGAAAAAAAAAUCAUUGGAAUUUUCUGUGAUGUCACAGUUGCCAAAGGUGUGUAUCUACAGAAAGUAAAAUGAAAGUGACUCAUAAAAUGCCUGCCUGCAGGUGGGCUGUUGUCACAUAGAACAGCUGGAAGAAAGGGGAGAGGUGAUUCAUGUUUGGGAACACUGCCCAUGGUCUCCCGUUCAACAUAAAUUUCUUCCAUUCAAGCACUGCUUUACUUUUGGAUUGGCACAAGGUACGUUGCAGUAUUGCAAGCUGAUCUUGGAGGAAGGCUUGUGUUCUCUUGCCUUAUGGAGAUGCCUUUGGCCGCACCCGGUGAGAAAUCGCAGAGAAGCAGCCUGCGGGUUGGAAGAUGGGAGCGGAGUGUCCAAACUGGGUUGCCGAACCAUGGGAGACCAAGCCUUUUUUUUGCGUGCAAAAUAGAAGGGACUGCAAUUGCUAUUAGAAAUGGAAUAUGAUGACUGUGCUUUUUUCCCAUGUUAGGAAAUGCUUUCGUUUCCCAGGGAAGAUACCAGGGUGCUUACUCACCAUUCUGCCUGCAUUUCUGACUUUGAAAAAGAGCCAAGUGUAUUUCUUCCUUUGUGAUAGCGAAGGUGGAGGCGUCUUUCUGUAAAACCGUCACAUCAUCGUGUCGCUUCAGAGGAAUUGUGUAGCUUCAGAGGAUACGAUUUUUAAGCCUAGAAGAAAGCUUUUUGCUUUAAUGUGCCUUGACAAAUUUCAUUUUAUAGGGUUGGAGGGAGGGCAAGAAGAAUCAAGUUUUCCAUUUUUGUAAAAAAAAAAACCCUGUAAAUUUCCGUGCCACCAUCCUAUUUAAAUUUACUCUUCCCCCUCCCCCGUGCAUGGCAUGGUAGGUACCCUUUUUUGCUUAGAGUUUUGUUUUUCUUUUAUGAUCAUUUUAUGAAUGUUUCUACAGUGGUUACAAAUUGGAUCCUUGUUACUGACAGGACAUUGAAUAAAGAUUAUUGGUUGCAUAAAAGACAUUUUGUUACAUCGGAUUUCACACAUUCACACCCCCACUGCUUAGUCACAGACAACAGAAAUGACUGGGUAGAGGUUAAAAACAGCUAAGAAUGUGAGAGCUAGUCUUUGCAAGUCAAAAUACCCUGUCCCCCUCCUUGCAAAAGCUGCCAAAAUUCCAGACUUCCUCUUUCUUAAACUACAUAAACAGUUUGCCAUUGGCAGAUUAUUCCGGUAGCACCUUCCAUCUUUCCAUUCAGCCAAAUAUGAAGCUUUCCUCCAAUGGAAGAACCUCUUAAGCUAGCAGAUAGUAUCCGACUUGGCUGAGUGGAAAGGUAGGAUAAAAGCCGAUGUUUCCCAAUUCAGCAGGGCUCUUCAUUCCCACCCUUCUCUUAUUGUGAUUUAUAGAACACCAAUGGAAUCUUCAGCAAUGCAAACUCCUGGAAAUCUCAACUUGCCAUUUCAGUUCUUUGAACAUUGUAACGAGGACAUAGCAUAUGUGUCCGACCCCAAGCAAAUUAUUUUGUGACCCAUAAAGAACAAAAUUAACUGGUGGAAUGCGAGAGUGUCACUGUAAUGAUGUUCUGUAAAUAAUGUUGCAUGAGAUUUGUCUUGCUAUCCCUAGAUAGUUAAAUGUGUCUAAGUCCGCUGAAAUCAGUGUCCUCAGAAGGGAGUUAACUCUGUUGAAGAUGACAGUUUGAGUCUCUUGAUAUCUGGUGACAAAAUAGCAAUCCUGUGUGGUGCGCAGAAGUGUCUGGCAUGCAAACAAUGGCCAAGAAGGUGUGGCCAGCCUACAAACUAGGGUGCAAACAGCACGCUACCUUAUACUUGCGCGCAGGAAAGGUUCUGAUCUGUGGCUGCAAAAGAACUGCAGCUGGUCUUUCAACAAAAAUCAAGAAGCAGCUUUUCUGUGUCUCUGAAGACCAGGUCCUCAGUUCAGUUUAUUUGCUGGGAACUCAGGCCCCUUCCGCACACGCAGAAUAAUGCGUUUUCAAACCACUUUCACAACUGUUUGCAAGUGGAUUUUGCUAUUCCGCACAGCUUCAAAGAGCACUGAAAGCAGUUUGAAAGUGCAUUAUUCUGCAUGUGCGGAAGCAGCCUCAGAGUCACAACUGGCAUAGUAAUAGAGCUGCACACUAGAAAUAGUGAUGCAGGAACACAAGUGGCCUUCAUUCCUAGUGUUUUAAAAUAAGCACAUCCCUCCAGAGGGUUCUUAGCUUGGGCUAAAUCUAGAGAUUCUUAGCUGGGAAAUAAUGCCCAGCUCUUUCCUGCCUUGGCCAAACAUGAAAGACUAUGGGGGACAAAGAAUUCCAGCAAGCCAUUUCCAGCAGGCCACUUAUACGGCAUGAAGGAAUUUUAACAUGGGUAGAAUCCUAUGAACCGAAAUACUCAAAAAGGAGAAAGUUUGAGAUGGGUGGGAGUUUAUUAAAAGUGAGAGAUUGAAGACACAAUCGUAAAUUAUUCCAGUGAGCUGGAAAAAUGGGAUGAACACAUCGAAGCCAGUGUGGCACCAUAAACAGCUUUCUGAAGAUCUGGGAAUUUUAAAAGGCCCACUUAGGAAAUGGAAGGAGGACUAAAUCACCAAGGAUGAAUUUAAACAUCCAGUGAUUGUACGGAGAGUGUUAAGAGAAGGUGAAGCUCAGCGUGAGCUCAGGCUAGUGAGAGAUGUUGGAAGCACAACAAAGAACACAGCAGAAGACUGCAUGAAGACUCAAGAAGGUCUGGAAAACUGGGCUAAAACGAAUAAAAUUAAUUUCAGCAGAGAUAAAUGUCAAGUUUUGCAUUAGGUAGGAAAAAAAUCAAAUGCAUAAUUAUAGCAUAGGGGAGACUUGCCUUGGCCGCACUACAUGCAAAAAAGGGUAUAAGAGUCAGGGAUGUGAUGCAAUAGCUACAAAGGCGAAUGGGAUUUGGUGCUGCAUUGCUAGACGAAUACUGUCCAGGUCACACAGCAAAAUAAUGCAAUUUGAGCAUUUUGCUUCUGAGUGAAAGUGAUGUGUUCAGAAAUGCAAGAGCAUUGCCAGUGUGGGCUGUUCCUAACAACACCCCUGAGAUUUUGAUGCAGCGAUGUUCGUUCAUUGAGAAAGUUGAUUAACCGAUAAAGCAAUCCUGCAUGCUUUGAUUCAAGGCUAUCUGAACUUCACUAACCCAAGUUUUCUUGGUAGAUCCUACACAAUAGGAUUAUGUAUGAGACCUAGACUGGGAGCAGAAGUAAAAGGGGUUGAAAUUUUGUCUCUAGGAAUGCCAGCAGAACUGGGAACAUUAACAAACAGGUGGAUUUAAUUAUAAAAAUUCCAGUGCCUUCCACAAAUCUGUUCUCCUGAGGGUCUUCUGUCAGGUAUAAGUUGCUUUCUCUGCUAGUCUAUGGGAGUCUUUUCAGGUGACUUGAGGACAGAAGCUUUAACAUUGUUCUUAACUUGAAAUUAUUCUGAAUUGUGCCUUCAUUUUUUACAAGCUCAUGCAGACUUUGGCAUGGUGGGUCUCUUGAAAAAUGCGGGAGCCUUGGUUAUAGGUUAUGUCUGAGGGGUAGGUAUGUGUGUAUGUAUGUGGCUUGCUAGGCAGUGGAUGCGAAUAAGAUUGUGAAGUGGAAACCAGGAACAGUUUCCCUAAAUUUUCCUUACAUGACAGCCUCUUCCCCCCUUUCCUGUUUUAAAGGCAACUUCUUGGAUUUUGUCUGUCUUGCCAAUGUGAAUGUAACCGAAGAAUUGUUAUUCUCAUUUUACACCUCUGAGUACCUUGCAUGUUUUUAAUAUUUUGUACACCGUUGAAAAAUGCACUUUAUUAAUCACAAUGGAUUUAUUUUCUGGAGUAUUUUCUGUAAUGGCUUUUGGUUUUUAUCGGAUGGCAAAAAGCAAUAAAUAUUGAACAAACGA